AUGUUCAAAAGGCUUACGCCUCAAUACUUCAAGGCUUACGCCUCGUAUAGCGCUACUAAAAACGCCUCGCCUAUACGCCUCACCUUCGAAAACAUUGCCUACGAUACUAAAGGCGUGGGUGCCAUUUGGUACUGGAGGCUGAGUGCUGGAGUGGCAGUGGAUCCAAUCAAAGUGCAAUGUAUAGAGGAGUGGCCUAAACCCACUACCAUUAAGGGGUUGAGAGGAUUUUUGGGACUAGCUGGAUACUACAGGAAAAGCCGAUCAGCAUUUCUGAACCUCAAGGAUGCUUUCAUGACUACCCAUGUGCUAGCCCUACCGGAUUUUUCCGAGUUAUUCGUAGUUGCGUGUGAUACAUCUAAUGUGGGAAUUGGAGCCAUUCUGUACAAGGACAAACAUCCAAUCGCUUAUAUGAGUAAAGCUCUCUCAGAUAAGCACAAAAGCCUAUCUAUGUACGACAAGGGGAUGAUGUCAGUUGUAUUUGCAGUUCAACACUCGAGACCAUACCUCAUCGGCCGCCAUUUCAAGAUCUCGACGAAUCAUCAGAACAUUAAGUAUUUUUUGGAGCAGCAAAUCACCUCUCCAACACAAGAAAAGUGGUUAUUGAAAUUUCUGGGGUAUGAUUAUGAGAUUGAUUAUUUUUUUGGUACCCAAAAUGCAGGGCCGGAUGCCUUGUCUCGCAAACUAGAAUUGUUGGCCAUCAUGGGGUUAUCAACACCCAUUUUUGAUAGUGUGUCACAAAUAAAAGCCGAUUGCCUCAUCGACACAAAAGUUAUGAACAUUAUGCAGGCUUUGCAAGCCCAAGCUCCUACUAAACCACAUUUUUCUUGGCAGAACAAUUGCCUCUUUUACAAAACAAAAUAUAUGUUCCCCAUACUUCAGAGUGGAGGGAUCAAAUUGUGGAGGAGUUCCACAACUCUCCAGCAACUAGCCAUUUUGGACAGUUACGAACAUAUGAGUGCAUUACAAGGAUGGUCAGGCUUGAAAAAACAGGUGAAACACUUUGUGGCAAGUUGUCAUGUAUGCCAACGACACGAAUAUGAAGCUCUUCAUCCCCAAGGGCUGCUUCAUCCAUUGUCCAUCCUCAAGCUACAUGGCAAGACAUCGGGUAAAAAUUGUAUUCUUGUAGUUGUGGAUCGUUUGUCAAAAUAUGGCCACUUCAUUCCGGUGAAGCAUCCUUAUACCGCUAGUCAGAUUUCUCAAGUUUUCAUUCGAGAAGUUUUGUGCCUACAUGGGAUGCCUCAUUCUAUCAUAAGUGAUCGAGACCCGGUGUUUAUUAGUCAUUUCUGGAAGGCCUACUUCAUUGCCCAAGGAACCAAGUUGUGA